GAAAACAUAUAUUCGAUGCUUGUGACGCGAGUUUAAAACGUUUGAACAUGGAUUACAUUGAUUUAUAUCAAAUUCAUCGUUGGGAUUACGAAACACCGAUUGAAGAAACAAUGGAAGCUCUUCAUGAUUUAGUUAAAUCAGGCAAGGUUCGGUGUAUUGGAGCGUCAAGUUGCUAUGGAAAUCCAGCAAACGCCAGCGUUGCCUCAGAAGAUCCACCAGGUACACAACUUGCAGACUGGAUUUUGGACCUGUUCGUUUAA